ACGACACGACGCCAUGGCAGCGCGUCGCGACGGCCGCGGCAGCACGACGCGGCCGGCAGUACGACAACGCGGCCACGGCAGCACGACGCUGCCGCCAUGGCAGCGAGAGAGAAAGCGAGAGAGAGAGAGAGCGAGAGAGAGAGAGAGAGAGAGAGAGAGAGAGAGAGAGAGAGAGAGAGAGAGAGAGAGAGAGAGAGAGAGAGAGAGAGAGAGAGAGAGAGCGAGAGAGAGAGAGAGAGAGAGAGAGAGAGAGAGAGAGAGAGAGAGAGAGAGAGAGAGAGAGAGAGAGAGAGAGAGUAGAAGAGCGCGACGGAAGCGUGAGGAGCAGGCCCACAAGGAACGAACAGCUCUGAUUCCAUUGGAGACACUCGUACGAUUCGAGAAGGACGUGAAGCGAACCGACACAGGGUUUCUGGCAAUAGCAACAGAGGCGGGAAACGACAGGGAGAGAACCCCGGAACCUCCAGGAAAGAUCAAGGAAUUAUUGAAGGAGUUCCAAGAUAUUCUUCCGGACGAUCUUCCGAAUGAGCUACCGCCAUACCGAACGCAUCAACACGAGAUCGUGGAGGAACCGGGUUCGAAGCCGACCUUCCGAGCACCAUAUCGGCUCAGCCCUAUGGAGCUGACCGACAUGAAAAAACAAAUCGAGUAUCUCCUAGCCAAAGGACUCAUCCGACCAUCCACUUCGCCGUACGGUGCCGCAGUACUCUUCACACCGAAACCGGACGGAAGCCUGCACAUGUGCAUCGACUACCGAACUCUUAACAAGCAGACCAUCAAGAAUAAAUAUCCGAUACCGCGAAUCGAUGACCUGCUUGACCAGCUUCGGAGAGCUACGGUAUUUUCCAAACUGGAUCUGCGAUCCGGAUACUGGCAGAUACGCAUGGCGGACAACUUUAUCCACAAAACUGCUUUCCGAACUCGGUAUGGAUCGUACGAGUAUUUGGUAAUGCCGUUCGGACUCACCAACGCACCGGCAACGUUCCAAGCCGAAAUGAACCACAUUCUACGACCACUUUUGGACGAGUGCAUGGUGGUGUACCUGGACGACAUACUCAUCUACUCGCGCGACAUGAAGCAGCACGUCGAACACCUACGACGUAGCGAAUUCGCCCUUGAGAAGGUCCAGUUCCUAGGACACAUGGUGAGCGCUCAAGGAGUUCACGUUGACCCCAAGAAAAUCGAAGCCGUACGCACGUGGAAGACACCCGAGAACGUGAAGGAGUUGCAGCAGUUCCUAGGCUUCGCUAAUUACUACAACAGGUUCGUGCCACAGUAUGCGAAAAUCGCAGCACCACUCACGAAUCUGCUGAAGAAGAAAACGCCCUACAAAUGGGAGCCGAAGCACCAGGAAGCCGUGGAGCAGCUGAAGCAAGCACAGUUAGCAAGAGCAGUAGUGUAGAAGUGUAGAUACCUGUAUUUACCUGGCUAAAAGACCUUGGGGUCGUAUCCUGCCCAGUUUAAUUUUUAGGCGGUGUCUUUUAAUCGGACGCAAAUCAGUGUCAAGAGACACGCUGCGGUUGCCCUUGGUCAUCGGGGAAGGGUCACAGGCGCAGAGACAGGGGAAUUAUGGGUCACUUGUUAGAGUAGCGGGAAAAGUUGUGACUAAGGGAAAAUGUCGAGGAAUACAAAACUAGUGCUGUACUCACUAAGAACUUAACUAACUAGG